UCUCAUGUUUUUGUGCCCGGAUCAGAAAUCGUGGAUCAGCCAGGAGUUGAUAUAUUUGGCCAAGUUUAUAACCAGUGGAAGAACAAGGAAUGUGUCUGCCCAAACUGCAGUCGCAGUAUUGCAGCUUCUCGCUUCGCUCCCCACCUAGAGAAAUGCUUGGGAAUGGGACGAAACAGCAGCAGGAUUGCCAAUCGGAGCAGCUUUUUAAAGGACACCUUUCAGGAUAAUUGCAGAAAAUUUCCUAAGAAACGGAUUGCCAGCAAUAACAACAACAACACGAACAAAUCUGAAAGCGACCAGGAAGACAACGAUGACCUUAACGACAAUGAUUGGUCCUACAGAUCAGAAAAGAAAGAACCCAAAUUCGCCAAGAAGAUCUAAACCAGUGAAACACAAAAACGGUGAGCUCACUGGAAACUCUAACACAGAUUCAUACAAGCAGUGUGUUGCUGCCUCUGAACAUGCAAAGAAAAUGUGUACAAGAAGUUCCCUGCCAGAUGGGGAAGCAAGUGCAGAUACCGACAAUUACGAUGCAUCUGAGAACCAGGCCCUUGUUUCAAGUCGGCUACAGUGGGACGGUUCUUCUGAUAUUUCCCCCCCUGACUCUGUCUCUUCAAAAGCAAGUACCAACAACUCUGAUUCCAAGAAAACAAAGAAAAAGAAGCUACACUUAACUGUGGGGAGCAACAGCAGCAGCAGCAACACAACAAGUCAGUGUUCCAGUAAAAAAAAGUGCAAACCUCCAGCGCCGCUAACCCCAGGUGUCUAUGAUGACAUGAACUGAAAGGCACUAGAGCAUCUGCACUCUCUUCUGUUUACCAUUUCUUAUUUUGACUUGAACGUUUGAUGUACAAACUGUGAAGAAAAUGGAUAUAUACACAGGAAAUCCACAUUACACCAUGGCACUACCGACAGACCAGUCAUGGUGCCUUCUUCAUAAGACUGCUUUUUUUUUUAAGGUGCUUUACUGAAAAGGCUGAGGACAGCAUACUUUCUGGUUAUGAAAGUUGUAUAUGAUUUAUUUUUUAUUUAUUCUUAAAAUGAAGCAUUGCACUGUAUAAGCAGUUACAUUUAAGGUAAAUCUUGCUGCCUGACAUUUGUGGUUUAUGUCCAGAAAAGCAUAGUUGAUAAAGGGGCUGACGAUAACCACUGCAUAAUCCAGGUAGGUACUUCAAGUGGCUCUGUAAUCAUCUUCCCAGAACUAGUUUUAACGUAUGGUUUUCAGUGAUUACUCAGUAGCUGCAGUGAAAAAGAUAAUGUAUUGAUGUGGUACCAUAUAUUGGCUUGAGCUCUGCAAGUGUUUUAAAAUGCUCUGAUAGCAUGCUGAAAAAUUAAUUUUGAAAAGUGAAAGGAUAAAAAAGAAGGGUCUUGACCUUGCAGGAGAAGAACAGACAUCACAGUGUGAAAAAGGAUCACUGCAGUUUAGGCCUCUAUACCCCCAUCAAGGAUUCCCACUGUCCAUUAACACCAGUUAUGCAAAAGUCAAAUGAUGCAUUUAUGUCACCAUCCUCAAUUUUCCAAAAACAAAGAAGCAAGUCAAAGGGGCAUCAAACCCUUUUUUAGUAACAGCUCUGACAAAGGCAAAGCCCCACCUCCCUGACUUCUUCAGGUGGUAUCUUUCCAAUAGCCCAUAUUUUAUGUAACCAGAUAUUCUUGUGAGGUUAUCUGUGGGACCUAGGAGCUUGUAAAUACUGUUAAUGGUGCGUACUUGGCUGCUUAUACCUCCUGCAGAUUAAGUCCAUUUGAUUUUAGUCAGCUGUACAGAUAGUCUAGUAUUUUUUGAAAGAGCACUUUUUUGGUUGGUGGGAUUGUUAAGCAAGUCUGUUCCAUUGUUUGUAAAGUGGAAUAAGGACAUGAACUAAUGCCUCGUUAAUGUUGAGGACACAAACAUUUAGAUCUGUAAGCGUUAUAAAAGUUAAUUCAGUGUGUGUGUGUUUGGGGGGGUGCUAUCUGGACUAAACGGUUUAUUUCUAGCGACCGUCUUCCCACGAUAGUUUCCCGUUUUCUCUUAUUAGUUGUCUGGUGUAAGUGCCAUCACCAAAACCAUUGUUUUUAAGAAAUUGUAAUUAAUUGAGGAAGUGAGGAGGGCAGAAUUACUGUCAGGAAAUUAAAUUGGAUAAUAUUGACAGUAGGUGCCAAACCAUAGUGUAUCAGAGUGUACUUUCACCCCCAAGGCACUUACAGUUUAAUGUAUAUAGUACUGUAAUGGUAUUUGCAUGCUCAGUACUGUGUUGCACUGAAGAAAGUAAUUUCCUAAUAUGUUCUUCCCCUUCCACAUUUCUUUUGAAUUCUUAAAGCAGUCUCAUCUUUAUCAUUGACCCAUUCUGAAUGUGAAAACUACAGUUAGCUGAUGUAGUUUAGGUGCUGUUGUUGCAGGGUAUAAUACUUAACAGGAUGUGUGCUGCCAGGCACUAGAACCAGCUCAGCAAAAUUUUCUCCUGUUUCAGUGUUUGACCUCCUUUUCAGUAUCAAUGUAUACUGUGUGUGAAGUUCUUUCAUUCCUCCAUCCGGUUCUUUCCAUUAGUACAGAAGAGUUUGUAUGUUCAGUGUCGUAAUUUCACAUUUUUUUUUUCAAAUUUAUGCCACUGUGGUACCUUUUUUUUUUCCUGCAGCAAGUAUUUUGCCUCCACCCACAACACAGUUUUCAUCAUCAAUAUACAGAGGUACAGUUUACUUGCUCCUUCAACUAGGUUA